ACACAGAUUGCCUACACUAGCCGCUAACAGGCUAACUAACGUAGCUGCACUCUGACCGGCUGCGCCGUGUUUUCAACGUUUGACUCGUGCGUUCCCGUGUUGUUAUGAGUGGACGUGGCUGUCUGUGAAUAACAGGUUAUCUGCAUCUGUCCUCGGCUGACCGGGAGGCGCCAUGGAAUGCCGUGUUCUGUCCAUACAGAGCCAUGUCGUCCGGGGAUACGUGGGCAACAAGAGCGCCUCUUUCCCAUUACAGGUUAUUCUCAUUGGAAAGGCCAGGUGUUGACAGCAGACGAGCUGCACGUUCUUUAUGAAGGAAUCAAACUGAACAAUGUGCACCACUACGACUACGUUUUAACAGGGUAUACCAGAGAUACGUCCUUCUUGGAGAUGGUGGUGGACAUUGUUCAGGAGCUAAAGAGAGCCAAUCCUAACCUGGUUUAUGUCUGUGACCCUGUCCUCGGUGAUCAUGGAUCUAUGUACGUUCCUCAGAACCUUUACCCGGUCUACAAGAACAAGGUGGUUCCUGUCGCCGACAUUAUCACUCCUAACCAGUUCGAAGCUGAAUUACUGACAGGGAAAAACAUCAGCACAGAGAAAGAUGCAGUGGAGGUGAUGGACCUCCUCCAUGCCAUGGGUCCAGACACGGUGGUCAUUACCUCCUCUGAUCUGCCCCCCAGACUGGGAGACCGGUUCCUGGUGUCCCUGGGCAGCCAGCGUCAUGUUCGUCCCGACGGCAGCAGGACGACAGAGAGAGUUCGAAUAGAAGUACCUAAAGUGGACGCGGUCUUUGUAGGAACUGGAGAUCUGUUCGCUGCCAUGCUGCUGGCGUGGACACAUCACUACCCUAACGACCUAAAGACAGCUUGUGAGAAGACGUUUUCAGUCAUGCACCAUGUUAUCCAAAGGACCAUAUCUUAUGCUCAUGAGUUAGCAGGUCCAGGUCGGAGGCCCAGUCCGCCCCAGCUGGAGCUGAGAAUGGUUCAAAGUAAAGCUGACAUAGAAGACCCUGCUAUAGUAACGGAGGCCACGCUCAUAUCCUAACAUUAACAUGUCAUAAGACUCAUCCUAACCUUCACCCAUAAACCUCUGCAACACCUCUUCACAAAGUCUCAUGGCUGUAAACCUGUCUGUAACCUGCAGCGCCUCUUCUGACACAUUCGUGUUGUAACCCCUCUUUCCUGUAGUUGACCUCUGAAAGUCCUUGGUGUCCUGACCCCUAGAUCCAAACCCUGACCCUGUUUAGAACCAGAGCCUUGGAUAGACUGAACACUUGGUCUGGAGGGACUUUUCUUUUCUUUUAAGCACUGAUUAUUUGAUUCUAAAAGCACAAACCAUAUGAAAACCGACACAAGGUAACAUUGUUCUGGUUUCACCUCUGCAGACAUGUGGUACCGGGUUCUGACUGUGUUCAGACCCAACAGAGUCACUUAGAACUGAUGCAGGAUUUAAUGUUUCCCUGCAACAUAAAGACCCAGAUCCUAAAAGGUCAAUAAAAACAGAAAGCAAUGAUUUAAAAAUCCCAUAAACUCAGAUUUGUUCACACAGAACACAGUAAACAGUGUUGACCAGAUGUUUACACACACCUGUGUAAACAUCUGGUCUCAACACUGUGUUGAGACCAGAUGUUGAGACCAGAUGUUUACACACACCUGUGGCUGUGGAGUUAGGGGGGUUGUCCUGUCCCGGGUGGGUUGCCUUUCCAUUUGUCUCAGUCGUUGUGUCCUUGGACAAGACAGUUCGCUCGCCUUGCCUGCCGGUGGUGGUCAGAGGGUCCGGUGGCACCGGUGCAUGGCAGCCCCACUAACGUCAGUGCACCCCAGAGCAGCUGUGGCUACAGUGUAGCUUAGCACCAUCUGUGUGUGAAUGGGUGAAUGACUGUAAAGUGAUUUGGAGUCUGUAGGGACUUGAUGAAGUGCAAUAUGAGUUCAAGACAGUUACAUAUAAAAUGACAGAAGCAUUUUUUCUUGCUGUCUGACAUUAAAUCAGAACAAACCUUUCUGGUUUUCAUAAACUCAGGCUUGUUUACAUAAGACAUAAAUGUUGGUGUUUUUUCAGUGUUUAUUGGUGCAAGUAAACAAAAAACAAACAAACAAACACCUGUUUACAUGGAACCACUGCAGUAAUGUGUCAGGCAGGGUCACCAGAUGGGACAUAGUGAACUGUUGUACUGUCCCUGAUGAUUGUAUUCUGAGCCAAACUAUCAUGUGUUGAGUGCAGUGUUGGAAGAUAAGGUGUGUGUUGUGUUUGGUAAAGAUAGGCACAGAAAAGGGGGGGCAAAAAAAGUUUUGUUUUUAUCUGGCAACCCUGAGAUUGUAUUUUCUUUGUUGUGAAAAUGGACUGGAAAACCCUUUUAUAGCACUCACUCACGCACUGAUCAUGCAGUGGUUGCAUGGUCCCAGUUACAUCUGAACUACCGUAUUUAUUCAUGUAUAAAACAAUCUCAUGUAUAAUACGACCC